AUGAUACACAAAAUUAUUUUAUUACUGCUUCUGGGUGCUUCAACACCGAUUUACUCAACGGCAAAAGGUUCAAUAACUAUGCCGAUCGGUACUAUAGUUCAAUUUGGUGGCGAUGUUAUUCCAGAUCAAUGGUUACUAUGUGAUGGUUCAGCUAUUUCGCGCACGGUUUAUGCUCCACUGUUUGCCAUCAUAGGCACUCAUUAUGGUGUAGGUGAUCAUGUUCGUACAUUUAAUCUGCCAGACUUUAAAGGUCGGUUUCCUUUAGGUCUAAACAAUAAAAUCGGACAGCGAUCAGGAGUAUUCCAAGGUGGCGCAUCAUCCGCUACUUUAACUCAAAAUGAACUUCCAUUACAUUCACAUGCAAAAGGUUCGUUGUCAUUGACUUCUGCUGGUGAUCAUACACAUAGUUACAAUGAUCCUGGCCAUAAUCACGGAGGAAGCACUGGCUCUGGACCAUUCUCUAAAGGUGUAUAUUCUAUGAGACCUGGUGGUGGUGGUGGCAAUGAUAAUGGUAUUCACUCACACACUAUCAACCACGAUUAUACACGAAUUAAUAUUAAGCAUGCAGGACUUCAUUCACAUGUUAUCAAUGGAGAAACAACAGCUGUAGGUGAAGGAAGACCAUUCAAUAUCAUGCCGCCUUAUCAAACCAUUAACUACAUUAUAUAUGCUGGGCCCAUAUCGUCAGAAACUAUGGGAUAG